AUGAACGAAACCACACUCAAACCCCGUCACAACAAACCAACAACAACAAUGGAACCUGCAACCCUUCAGGAUCAGGGUGGAUCCCGAGCUGGACGAGCCUUGCCCUUUGCGGAUGAAUGCUCGCUGCUUUUUGCUGCUUUUCUGGCAACCAUGCUGGCGAUACUGAUGCCGUCGAUAUUACAUCCGUCUCAUUGGUCAAUGGCUCUGGCUUCUGGUGUCCCCUGCCCGUCUCUCUGGCUGUAUGGCUACGCCUCGUCAUCAUGGGAUCCCUACGGGGUGGGUUAUGUCAUUGUUGAAUGCAUGGCAACCGGCAUGGAAGAGCCUGAAGAAACAGAAGCAGAAGCGGAAGCAUCGCUGCACAUCACCGUCGUCCCAUCACGGCGAAGCCUGAGGCCAGAAGGAGCGGUUUGUGUCUGCGACACCGCCUGA